GUGUCUCCCCCCUCCUCCCUCUCUGUAGGAGUGUAUGUGAGCUGUGUAUGUUGUGUCCUCUUGAUGGCGCUCUUCAGCUGCAUGCAGGUUUACACUAACCGCCUCCGACGGGUCAUCGCCGCCUUCUACUUCCCUGAGAGGGAGACGAAGAGAGUCUUGUUUCUCUACAGUCUGCUGAUACAGAGACGGAUUUUGUCCACUGACAGGAAACGCAUCAUCCCCCGGGGACGCAGGAGCAGCACGGUGUUUGAGUGUCCGAGCAGCUGCGGGCGUCGUCUUUGUUGUUGUCGCCAACGGGAAGCGUCAGACUCUGAGGAGACGCACUACGACCCCGGUUAGACCCGACUGUCGCUUUCUAAUAAAGGUUCUGCUGCUUCUCUCUGUAACUAUGUCAUUAAACUGAAGCUCACAGCGCCACCAGAGUGUGAGUGUGUGUGUGUGUGUGUGUGUGUGAGUGAGUGAG